UUGUGACUUGUUCAAAAUUGUUUACAUUGAUCAAUACAAAUUAAUUAUUUAACGUUUUAAUGAUAAUUACUUAACUUAUUAAGUUCAUAAAAAAGUACAACUAAAAGUGAUUAAUAUGGAUCUCAAGCUGUGCCGCUUAUGUGGAGAAACAGUCGGAAACGUAAAUGUUUUUGAUACCGACCAAAGUGGUGUCUCGAUAUGUUCAAAAAUCAUGCAUUGCUGCUCCAAAAUCAAAAUAGAAAAUUAUGAUGGACUGCCUUCUGUUAUUUGCGUCUGCUGUGAACAAAAUUUGGCUACAGCUUACCGAUUUAUAUUGAAAUGCGAGGCCACUGAUAAGACUCUGCGGUCUCAAUAUUUGGAAUCCAAACACAACACUGUAUUGACUAAAAUAGAAAUAAAAUCUGAAGAUUAUGAAUUUAAUAAUAGUGAUCAUGACCUGUCUAUGAAUUACAACUCGUAUGAUGAAUUAGAUGUGCCUCUUGCAGUUGUAAGCAAAAGAAUAAAACUGGAAAAUACAAAAUCAUGUAAAAACAAAAGUAAAGGUUUUCCAAAACGUAAAAAGAAAAGAAAUAAACAGAAAGGUCCUGAGAACUGUUCCGUGUGUGGAAAGGAAUUCGCUAACCCUUCCACACUGUUAAUUCACAUGCGAUCUCAUACUAAUGAAAAGCCCUACCAAUGCGAAUUCUGUGAUAAAAGAUACAAAAAUGCGGGUAGUCUAAAAAGACAUUCAGUCAGAAAUCACAUGAAAAUAAGAGCCAGGAGAUUUAUCUGUGAGAGUUGUGGCAAAGGGUUCUACACAAAGACAGAUAUAAUAAUCCAUUUGCGGACGCAUACAGGGGAAACUCCGUAUUCCUGCUCAGAGUGCCAGGCUGUGUUCACCCAGCUGAGCUCGUUGAUAAGGCAUAAAAAGAAUCAUCUAGGAGAAAAAACAGAAGCUUGUGAUGUAUGCUACAAAAAGUUCAUUACAAAAGACUCACUAAGAAGACACCAAAUGGUUCAUACUAGCAGUAAACAAUAUUCAUGUAAUAUUUGCCUAGGAAUAUUUAAGUAUAAACAAAACCUCACCAAACAUUACAAGGUCCACUCUGAACCGAAUAGUUUUGUAUGUAAUCAUUGUGGCCGUACAUUUAAUUCGAAAGGGAACCUUAAGACUCAUAUGGACAGACUACACUCGGAAAAGUCUGGUUACUGCAAUACAUGCUCUAAGAUUGUUUCAAACCUUGAGGUGCAUAUGUGGAAGCACACUGGAGAAAGGCCACUCAAAUGUGAACUUUGCACUAGAAGUUUUUGUGAAGUGAGAGCGCUUGCCCACCACAUGAACUUCCGUCACAAUAAGACUGAUAAAUUCAAAUGCACAGUUGAAGGCUGUCUAUGUGGCUUCCCAUCCCGCCCAAUGCUCGAAUAUCACAUUGCCAAAGUACAUGAAAGUUGCUUUAAAUAUCCAUGUGACAAGUGCUCCAGAGGUUUCUACAGAAAAAAUGAUUUGGUCAGGCACAAAAUAGGAACUCACAAGGAAAAGUUGAUGUAGUUAUGAUUUCUUGUAUUUGUUUAAAGAAACAAUAAAAUUCCAAAAUAAAAAUGUACCUAUUAUUAUUUUUCACCUAAUCAUGUACAUAAAGGUCUCAUAAAGUACUACACCAUUACCACAGUACCACUACCGUGACUACACCCUGUAUUUUAGGUUCUCAAAAUAUGACAUCCAACAAUACAUUGUAAGUUUAAUUAGGAAAUGUAAAAUUUAUUGUAGUGUAGGAUCUAACUUUGCUUUAUUCCCAUUGUACACACCAAGUUUGUUGUAAUGUAAUGCUGUUUUGGCGAUCAUAUGCGUAGAUCGUAUUAGCACCAAACUACUGAUUUUCAUGAGCAAGCCCCCUAUUGAUAAUAAUUUGUAUAAUGAAAAUAAAACAAAAUUAUACUAUACAAUAAUAUUUAUUUAGUGCUGAUGAAUAUCAUGAUCAAAAAAUAAACCAUAUCACAGUCCACCACAGAACUAAAGAACAGAAUCAAUAGAAAGAGAAAGAAACAUUGAGUACUUCUAUACAAAUGAUACUUUGUAUUGUUGAUUAGUUUAAAGGUGAAAUUUAUAGACAAUUAAUAAUAUAAAUGGUUCAAUAUAACAGUAAUUCCAUAAUAACAUCAUCAUGGACUGCUUAAUAAUUAUUUUUAUUACAUUCAAAAAUGUAUUUAUGUCCUUCAUAGUCAUUUCAUUUAUUAAUUUAUUAUAAUAUUAUCAACACAAUAUCCUGCAUGUUUUGUACAAAAACAAUAGUGUUACCUUAUUACAAUAUUUAUAGUAAUAAAUACAUUGCAUUCUAGUCCAUUAUUUACAUGGAAUCUAUAUAACAUUUUGUAUGUAAAUAAAAAUAAAAAAUUGCACAUGUUACAAUCAGAUUUUUGAUCCAGUCAAAAUGUAUAAUCGAUAGUUUAACCUAAAUAAAUAAAUCAUACGCAAACAUCAUAAAUUAUUCAAUCAUCAGUCAACAGAUUAUACUAUCUAAUUACAUCAACAUUUAUAAUAGUUACAAACAGACGCAAUUGUGUAUAGUGUUACAGGACAACAAUCACAAAGACAGGACAAACUAUCUGUAAUACCGAUUAGGCCGUCGGACUCGCGUUGAUCCCGUAGUGACUUCCUAACUAUGUACAAUACCACAUUAGUUGACCAACAUAACAACAAGAAUUCUGGUAAAUUCAGAGCUGAUGCUCUGGCGUCGCAUCACAACCGACACUUCGUCACAAUCCCGUGAUAUUUCUCUACAUGGUACACACUGGCAAACUACAGCUAAGCAUGUGGUUUGUGUCAUUUAAAAACAAUUUCUUGUAGCCCUAUUUCAUUAUUACUAAACUAAACCGAAGAAAUGAAAUGUUAGCACCAGAGAAAUUUAUGUUCAUGUGUAGUUUAAUAGUAUUUUUCGAUUGGCCGAGUCGAAUCGAGUUGUGUCGUUGUCACCGAUUUUUAGUUCAUGUUAUAAAUUAACAAUACUUAUAAAUAUGUAUUUACAUUAACAUUAGCGUUUGUUACAACCAAAUUUGAAUAACUAUUAUGUAUAUUAAUGAAUCCUAAAUGGUCAGACGAAUUUAGCUUACAACCUCCAAUAAUUAAUUUGUAUUUUAGGUUAAAUUAAGGCAACAUUUCUCUAGCUCUCAUUUCUUUGUCAAAAUAAGUAUACAUACAAUACAUACAUCUAUUAAAAGUUAACCAUAUCAACACCCAUACUUUAUAGAAAGCAGUGAUUUAAAUAUGCGUUUUGAUAAUUUAAAUGUAAAAACUCAGGGCUAGAUAAUUUGUAUAGAGUAUAUUUCAGAGAAAUCCCAUUCGUAAGACAUAGAUCUAUUGGAUUUCAAAACGAAAUCACUGCUAAUAAAUUCAUAAUAUCUAUAACAAUAUAAAAACAUAUCAUAAAUUAAAACAUUCUUAAAAUAACAUGCACAUUGCAAACCAGCUCCCUAAAUAUUGGCAGUAGCAGUCUAUAUUGCUAUUUUAUUUUUUCCCUGGUACUGUCCACGCAUACAAGCAUAUAAAUUUCGUUGUCAGUGAACUACUAGCCUUAACGUGGAAGAUACAUUAUUGUGAAUUUCAUUAAAAAAUACAAGUAAACAUGUCAUAGAAUUAAUUUAAAUUGCUUCACUUUUGAGACAGUAUAAUAUAAUAUGUGCAGUAUAAUGCAAACAUUGUCCAUGUAUAUGAAUAAAUAGAAAAAUAAUCUAUUUAA